UCAAAUUAUAAAUAUUGUUGAUAAAAACAAACAAUUAAGAUGGUGCCUUCUAAUAUAGCGCCCUUAGGAAAAUAUCAUUCAAGUUCUUUUUCAGAUUUUUAUGAAAAACAAGCUACUUUAUACAAUACGUUAAACUUAAACAUUGAUGAAGCUGAAAAAGAAAUUGAUACAACAAUGACAGAGGCUUUUCAGAAAACAAAAAACUUUCCAAUGCAAGGAAAUAGUUUUGUUAUUGGCUCAGCUAAAGAUAAGAACAAAAAAUGCAGAAAAACUAUGGAAGAUACACAUACAUACAUUUAUGAUUUUGGAGGUGUAACUGAUCAAGGAUAUUUUGCUAUUUUCGAUGGCCAUGCAGGAUAUCAGGCAGCAAACUUCUGUAAAGAACAAUUUCAUGUUAUUUUAUGUAAUUUGCUUCACAAUAUGCCAUCAUCAACAAUUCCUGAUAUUUUUGAUGCUACAUUCACAUCUGUUGAUAAUGCAUUGGCUAAUCUUCCAUCGAAAAACAGUGGAUGCACAGCUAUUGCUGCCCUUAUAAGAUGGGAAGAAAGGCCAUUUGCAACAAUUUCAGGCUUUCAUGAAAUUCGACGCACAAAACUUCUUUAUACUGCAAAUGUUGGAGAUGCUCGUGCAGUUCUUUGUAGAGGUGGUAAAGCUCAUCGUCUCUCUUACGACCAUAGGAGUAGUGAUUGGCAUGAAAGCCAAAGAAUUAUUAGUUCAGGAGGGCUUAUUAUUAACAAUAGGGUUAAUGGCAUUUUGGCUGUUACUCGUGCUCUCGGUGAUACUUAUAUGAAAAAUUUUGUUAUUAGCCAUCCUUUUACAACAGAAACUAUUCUUAUUCCUAAUGAAGAUGAAUUUAUUAUUCUUGCAUGUGAUGGUCUUUGGGAUGUAUGCACUGAUCAGCAAGCUGUUGAUAUUUGCCGUAAUAUUUAUGAUCCACAUAUAGCUAGCAGAAAAUUAAUUGACUAUGCUAUUUCUCAAUCUAGUACAGAUAAUAUUACAACUAUAGUUAUUCGUCUUUCCAAAAACGAUUCAGAAAUAAAAGAAUGUCUUUUUUGAGAACGUAUUAAAUAUUGCAAUCAACAAAAAGUCUUUCUAUAGAUUUACAUCAUUUAUAUUGUAUU